AUGGCACUGAAUGGCAAAGUUUGCGUCGUCGUCGGUGCUAGUGCAGGCAUCGGUAGAGCUAUUGCGCUGAGAUUUGGACAAGAAGGAGCUAAGAUAAUCGUAUGUGCCAGAAGAAUGGAUUUAUUGGAAUCACUUACAGAAGAGAUAGGAAAAAAUGCCAUUGCGAAGCAUUUGGAUGUUACUAACCAUGAAGAGGUCGAAAAAACAGUUAAUUGCAUAUUCACUGAUUACGGCAGAAUUGAUAUUCUUGUUUACGCUUCUGACAUCUUUACAUACUCUCUAAUAACAAGCAAAUUGUUCGACGAUUGGCGUUCUAUGAUUGCUACCAACUGCCAAGGUCUAGUUGAUGUUGUUGGAUCAGUUUUCGCCGAAAUGCGGAGCAAAAAUUUAACUGGCAAUAUCGUCGUCAUUAGUUCGGAUGCAGGUCGUGUCCCUUUUCCUGGUUUAGCCGUCUACUGUGGCACCAAGUUUUUUGUUGAGGGGUUUCUGCGUUCCCUUCGUUUGGAGUCGAAACCCAAUGAAAUUGUUAUCACCUCAAUACAGCCCGGUGAUGUUGCAACUCCAGCACAGCAAUGGACUACGGACACUGAGGCGGCCCGACUAUUUUCUCCGCUUUACCGACCUCCCGAAGAGUGUCAGAAGGCAUGGGAUGCAAUACUAAAACCUCAGCAGGUUGCUGAAGCAGUGCUCUUUGCCGUCUCCCAGCCAAAAGGCACUGCCAUUAACGAGGUGCUUAUCGAGCCAAUUACAGGUCCCGUCUGA